AACUUAUCCAGCUAUCCCCCAACUAUCGCAUGACGAACUCGCCGGUAAUGGCCACCACGCCGGAUUUGACUCGCACCAAUCGAUAAUGUAAUAACAAUGCCACUGAUCCAAACGAGGACCAUUGGCCGCUCUGUGCCGAAACUGAGCUCACUCUAUCUCGGCCAAGCCGUGACUCGCCCUCUCACUCCCCGUCAUCUCACUUAUUCGUCUUUUUCACCAUGCUCCCGUUCUCGAGUUACACUGAGAGCAUUCAGCGCCACAGCCCGAAUCUUGGCCGAACCCAAACUCGACCUCCCCGCUCUGGACUCCAAAUGGCGUGAGAAAUGGGCUUCGUUACCAAAAUCUACCACCGAGACCAAGGACGCCACCACCAAUGGCAAAUAUGUCCUACCCAUGUUUCCGUACCCAUCGGGGUAUCUGCACCUAGGGCAUCUCCGAGUCUACACCAUCGCCGAUGUCGUCGCCAGAUUCCACUCUCUUCAGGGGCACAAUGUGCUGCUACCGAUGGGAUGGGAUGCCUUCGGGCUGCCCGCCGAGAACGCCGCCAUCGAGAGGGGCAUCAACCCGGCAGCAUGGACCGAAUCAAACAUCGCCAAGAUGAAGGAGCAGUUGGAUCUGAUGAAUGGAUCUUGGGACUGGUCUUGCGAGCUGUCAACAUGCGACCCGAGCUUCUACAAGCACACCCAAAAGAUAUUCCUCCGCUUGCAGGAGCAGGGGCUGGCCUAUCAAGCCGAAGCCGAGGUCAACUACGACCCCGUCGACAAGACCGUGUUAGCAAACGAGCAGGUUGAUUCGAAUGGGUGCUCCUGGCGGUCGGGUGCGAAAGUCGAGAAGCGGAAGUUGAAGCAAUGGUUCCUCCGCAUCUCCGAGUUCCGGGAAUCCCUACUCCAAGACCUGGACGUGCUGGCAAAGAACGGCGCUUGGCCUGAGAGGGUGUUGGCCAUGCAGAAGAACUGGCUGGGAAAGUCUACUGGCGCCAUCGUCAAGUUCCCGAUCAUGGCAUUUGACCACGGCCUGCAUGCCUCCAUCGAGGUCUUCACUAGCCGCCCGGAUACCUUGUUUGGCGUUCAGUAUCUGGCACUUGCCUCAACGCAUCCGGUUGUCGCCAAACUAGCAGAGGGAGACCCCGAACUUCAGGCUUUCCUGGAUACACUCCCGGGCCUGCCCCCCGAUUCUAAGGUCGGCUACAUGCUGCCUCACAUCCGGGCCGUCAACCCCUUGGCAUACCACGAAGAGACUCCCGACGCGACUAAGGGGUCUAUCCCGGUGUAUGUGGCGCCGUACGUCAUUGGUGACUAUGGCGAAGGGGCCGUAAUGGGCGUUCCGGGCCAUGAUGUUCGCGACCACGCCUUUUGGAAGACGCAUCACUCCAACGAAUCCGUCAGGUUCGUGCUCGCCGCUUCCGAGGAUGAGUCGACGACGGCCAUGCAGAACGAACCCUUCAUCGACCACGGCAUUAUGACGGAGCACAGCGGCCUGUACAAGGGCAGGUCGUCCAAGGAAGCCGGGAAAAUGCUUGUUUCCAUGCUCGAGCAGGCCGGCUUGGCCGAGCCGGUCGAGAAAUGGCGUCUCAGAGACUGGCUGAUUAGCCGCCAGCGGUAUUGGGGUACGCCCAUCCCCAUCGUGCACUGCGACUCAUGCGGGGCGGUGCCGGUGCCUGACGAGAAGCUCCCGGUUGUGCUGCCUGAGGUCGACGACCACUGGGCCGGCAAGAAGACGGGCAACCCGCUCGAGACACUUGAGGACUGGGUGAACACGUCCUGCCCGAAAUGCAGCGGCCCGGCCAAGCGGGACACGGAUACUAUGGACACAUUUGUGGACUCUAGCUGGUACUACAUGCGUUUCAUUGACGCACAUAACAAGCAUGAGCCGUUCUCCCCCGAGAAGGCACAGUCCAUGCUGCCGGUCGAUCUGUACAUUGGUGGCAUCGAGCACGCGAUUCUACACCUGCUCUACGCCCGCUUCAUCUACAAAUCCCUCAUGACGCCUUCCCUCGCCCCUGGAGAAGCAGAGGCCGCAGACGAGACACACGAGCCCUUCAAGCGGCUAAUCACCCAGGGCAUGGUGCACGGCCGGACAUACGCCGACCCCUCGACCGGCAAGUUCCUCAAGCCCGACGAGGUCGACCUCAGCAACCCGCUCGCACCCAAGGUCGCCGCCACGGGCGAGGCCGCCACCGUCAGCUACGAGAAGAUGUCCAAGUCCAAGCACAACGGCGUCGACCCGACCGACGUCAUCGCCCAGCACGGCGCCGACGCCACCCGCGCCCACAUGCUGUUCCAAGCUCCCGUCAGCGAGGUCCUCGACUGGGACGGCGACAAGAUCGUCGGCGUGACGCGCUGGCUCGGCCGCGUGCACGACCUCGUCGCCCGCGUCAGCGCCACGACAACGACCACCACACCAGACGACGCCGCCCCCCCCUCGCCCAGAGCCUACUUCGAAUCCACCACCACCACCACCCCCACUGAAACCACCGAAACCAUGACCCCUUCGCAGCUCGCGCAGCGGGACGCCGACGUGGCCGUGUGGCGCGACGUGCAGCGGACCAUCGCGUCGGUCACGGCGUCGUACGAGCGCGUCUACGCGCUCAACACGGUCGUGUCCGACCUCAUGACCCUGACCAACGCCAUCCAGGACCGCGCCGACAUGCUGAGCGACGCCGUCCGCCGCCCGGCCGUGUCGGCGCUGCUGCGCAUGAUGGCGCCGAUUACCCCCGCUUUUGCGGAGGAGUGUUGGGCUAUGUUGAUGCGUGGGCAGGGCGGUGGUGGUGGUGAGGGGGGGUCGAUGUUUGGUGGUGAGGGCAAGGCUGCGUUCCCCGUUGUUGACGGGUCUUUGGAGCUGGCUGCGCUGCAGCCGCGGAGGCAGACGUGUGCGGUGCAGGUUAAUGGCAAGUUGAGGGUUGUUGUGGAGAUCCCGAAGCCGGGUGGUGAGAUGGCGGGGGAUGAGUUGAGGGAGUGGAUUGUGCAGGAGAUUUUGAAGACGGAGGAGGGGAAGGCGAAGCUGGCUAGCGGAGCGCUGGAUGUUGCGCAGGCGAAGAAGGUGAUUGUCAUUAAGGAUGGCAAGCUUGUAAAUUUUGUAUUAUAGGGAGCUGGUGUGGUGGGUAGAUGUGCAUGUAGAUGGUUGCCCGUCUCCUCUGGUUGGGUAAAAUUCCUGGUUAAUAAAAAGAAAACUAUUGGCACGGGGGUUGUUUGCUG